UCUCUCUCUCUCUCUCUCUCUCUCUCUCUCAUGGUGUUUGUUUAUCUUAUCAUGUUUUUUUUGUUGUUGUUGUUGAUGUUUUUUCCACUGUUGUUUUUAUUUUUGUUGAUAUUGACAAUACAUUGAUCUUGUGAUAAAAACGAAAAAAAAAAAUUCCUGCAUUUUCAUUCGUUGCUUCGUUUAUUCCUUUCAUAAUUUGAUUUAAAUUUGUCCUGGCUGAAUUAUGUUCGACAAAGUUGAACAACAACAACAACAAAAUUUAUCAAUCAUCAAUCUUUUGAUCGAAAAAAAUCAUAUUUUUCUCUGUGAAAAAUCCUACACAAACUCUCUCAGUUCAACGUUGAACAACAAACAACUUUCCAUAUUCGGACAUUUAUGGUCAGCAGCAUUAUCAUCAUCAUCAAUUAUAAGAACAUUUCUUUCAUCAUUGCUGAUGAUUGGAACAGAUGAUGGAAGCAACAACAACGAUUUUGGAAUGAAAAAAUUACGUUAUUAUUUGCUUAUGAGCACAAAAACAAAUCAAAAAUAAUAAUAAUUUUCAAGAAUCAAUCGAUCGAUCGAUCGAUCGAUCAAGUGUUUCUAUCAUCAUCAACCUCAACAGUACAUCAUCAUUUUAAAUCGAUUUGAUC